AGCAACACACACACAUACACACACAUAGCUAGCUAGCCUGUCAGCUAGCUGCUCAACACCCAUUGGUAACGUCGGUACCGAGCUACCUGUCCGUAUCCACCAUGGAUCUGAAUAACAUCGUGUCGCAGCUGGACUCUGCCAACCAGGAGCAGAUUGAGACUAUUCUGCUGCAGUUUAAUCGGGAGAACAGUCACACCUUCACUUUUAACCAAAGGGAGGAACCCUUGCGGAGUAAGCUGUGUCAGAGUGUGUUGACAGUGCUCGGGAGGCAGUCGCAGCCCAGUUGUCAGAAGACAUGUCUGGAGACACUUCGCAUCCUGUCCAGAGACAAGCGUGUCCUCGCACCUGUAGCCACCAGGGAGGGCAUGCUGAUCUUGGGUGGGAUGGCAAAGCUGCAUGCUGGAGACGGAGGAGGUGACAACCAGAAAACCCCUCAGGAAGAAACUCAGUCAGAGGAGGAGGAGAGGGUGGUUGUGGAGGCCUUGAAGUGCCUAUGUAACAUAGUGUACAACAGUUCUGCAGCUCAGCAGGUCAGUGUAGAUGUGCAGCUGGCACAUGGCCUGUGCGCAAACCUGCGUGUAGCCCGCACAUGGCACCACGAGGUGGGUCUGUUCACCUUGCGCCUUCUCUUCCUGCUGUCCGCCCUGCGUUCCGACUUGAGAGGGAGCUUGAGGAGAGAAUGGCAAGGCGUGACGCUACUGACAGAGGUGCUGGAACACACCCUGGAUGUGCACUGGGUUGGUCCAUAUGAAGCUGCCCGUCCAGAUCCGCAGGCCCUGCCCAUGCCUGCAGAGGACAAUGAGCGAGCAAUGGAAGCACUCAAAGCCAUGUUCAACCUCACGCUUUCUAAUGCUGGUGGUGAGGAGGAUGACCACCAGUUUCGACUCAUCGCUGCCAUCCUGCGUCACCUGUUGAUGCUAAAGACUGAAACAGAGGAGAAAACAGAGGAAGCACACAGCCAUGCCGUCAACCUGCUGAAUAACCUGCCUGUGUCCUGCCUGGACGUGUUAAUCGACGUGCCUGUCCAGGGUGGACAAGAGAAAUACGGUGGGAGAAACAUGGAUGCGAUACAGAUGUUAAUUGACUUCAUGGAGAAAAGGAUCGACAAGCAGGGCUCCAACUACAAAGAGGGUCUGACUCCGGUGCUCAGCCUUUUGACUGAAGGAUCUCGACACCACAGAGAGAUCCGCAGACAUAUCAAAGCACAGGUACUCCCCCCACUGAAAGAUGUGAAGAUCAGGCCAGAGAUCGGCACAGCCAUCAGAAACAAGCUGGUUCGCCUCAUGACACAUGUGGAUAUGGGUGUGAAGCAGACGGCUGCAGAGUUUCUCUUUGUCCUCUGUAAAGAGAGCGUGGACAACCUGUUGAAGUACACAGGGUAUGGAAAUGCAGCAGGACUCCUGGUGGCUCGAGGACUCCUGGCAGGAGGGAGAGGAGACACUCAGUACUCAGACGAUGAAAACUCAGACACAGAGGAGUACAAAUCUGCCAAACCUUUCAUCAACCCCAUCACUGGUCACGUGGAGGAGCCAAUGCCGAACCCCAUUGAAGAGAUGACUGAGGAGCAGAAGGAGUACGAAGCCGAGAAACUUGUCUGUAUGUUUGACAAGUUGUCAAGGCAGAAUGUAAUUCGACCCAUGGGCGUCAGGCCGGACGGGACGCUAGCACCACUUGAAGAAACUCUGUGCGAUCCACCUGAAGACAUCUCAGGAUCAGACUCUGAUUAGUGCACUGCACAUCUAGGCCACAUUUUCCAGGCGAAGCCCACCGGGCCCCCAACACAUCGAAAGCUGUGUCGCAUUUUAAGGGCUGGAUCCUUUGAAAGAUCAGUGAAGGUGGGCUCUGCAGAGGAGCUAAAAACUGGGCUGAACCCUGCCCCCUCCCUAAAUGACUUUGUCACAGAAAUAGAGUGUAGAGCUGUCACCAAAAAACCUUUACAGGUGCUGGAUCAAAAAGUCAAACAAAAGAUCCACACGCUCUACUAAUAGCGCCCAAUAAAUUACUCUGUAUUUAAUUAAAGUGAAUGGCAGCUAUUUGAAGUGUGCAGAUCUUUUGUGUAAUUUAUAUUCUUAUAGAGACCAAAACCAACGGUGGACUUAGGGGCUACAUUGGUUGACUAAGUUUAGGUAACUGUGGUAACUUGUUCCGUGAUAAAAUGCUGGAUUACAAGCACAUAGUGUGUCAAGUUGAAAAAAACAAAUUCAUAUUACUUUUCUUUAUAUGUACGUCAUCUGUUAUUAUGACCUGGCUGUGUAAAUAAUAGUGUGCUUUGGUCAAGUACAAAUGAUAUUUACCAGUGACCAAUCAACACUUGCAUACGUCAGGUGACAUUUUACAAGUUGACACUGGUCACUUGAAUGUGUCAUUAAACAAUUGAGUGUUGUAGGAAUUGACUAAAGGAAACUGAGGGCAAAAAAACUACAACAGUUGCCUCAAAGAAGGAAAUAGUAAGCCAAGCAAGGUUUUCUUUCUCAGCUUUAUUCAGAAGAGACGUUUAAAUGAGACAUGUCUUUACGUCUUGUGAGGAUCCAGCCCCUGAAGUGGGACACAGCUGAACAUUUCACAGGAGACUUUGAGGGGCCCUGUCACAGCCGUAAGCCGUUCUCCGAAGUGGACUUAACAUGCGGCAGGAAGACUUUGCAGUGGCACCAUGAUGCGUAGGAGGCCUCUAUGGUUACUGUUGCACCUUUAUCAUUUAUUUUACCUUUCCUUUAAGUUGAGAAAGCGGAGGUAAUAAUAUAAUUUUGAUUGAAUUACAUGUGUCUCACUGAAAGCACUGUUGUUAUGGUUUGUUUAAAUUGUAAUUGGGUCUGAAUAAUCAUUCCUUAUCAUGUGCUUCUGUUUGUUUUUUUUCUUCACUUUUUUAGUUUUUCUGCUACAUGAUGAUUAUGUUCACUCUUUGUAUUGCUCGAUGGUUAAACAAACACACACUAAACAUGAAAUCAUAGCAAGAACUGUUAACUAUAAGCCUUAAUAUCACAGCGCCUGUCUAGGAUGAACAGGAUUGAUGUAUAUUUAGAAAUCAGGCAGUGUCCGUGUGGAUAGUUUAAAGUCGCAGCUCAGUGAGUCUAUAUUGGCUGUUAUCAAUGAAAGCUGCACACCAGUUAGUCGAUUUAUUUCUAAAGUCAGGGCUUGUUGAGUCACUGGUGUGUUUAGGACAGGAAUACUGGAUGUGGUUGAAGAUGGUAAACAUAGUUUUCUGCCUGUUGAGGACAAAGAAAUGUGCAUCCUGAAAUGAUUGUUAUGUAAUCUGUAAUGUACUUUUGCCAAAUCUGCAUGAUGUUCAAUCAGUUCUCAGAAAUGUAUUUUUUUUUCUAGAUUAAUUUUUUCUGGUUUUAUAUAAAUCUACAGGCUAAAUAUGUGUAUAAUCUGCAAGUAACAUCUCCUCAGUGAAUAAGUGUACAGACUGGCAACUCUGAAGUCAGCUGCCUGGUUGGUGACGACACAACAUCAGUUUUGUUGUACAGAUUAAUUUGUUGUUAGAAACAGUCAUUUUAUUGCAGAUUACAAUCCAGAGAAUUUGCCUGAAUAUUUUAGCCCAAGAAAACCUUUUGUUGCAUUAUUACAGGCUCACUUUUUUAAAAGGUGACUAAUCAUGAGCAUAUUUCACCUGACCUAUGAAUCACAUCUAUUGGCUGCUCUUACAGGAAUAAAUAAGAUUAGUAGAAUGACAAUUUGAGUCAGAAAUCAGAUGUUUAGAGAGCCGUGAAAGGUCAGAUGGGUGAUUAAUUGUCCAUUGAACUCUAUUAGAAGGACACUACAAAUCAAAGAUAUUCCUUCCAUCAAUUGAUAUUUUGAUGUUUGAAAGCAGCAUCUGACUUUGUCCUUAAAUCUCCCCACAGUUGAACUGGAUUGAGAUCUGCUGACUGAAGAUAACAUGAUUUGAUGUUAUCAAACCCUUCAGUAAACACUGUUUCUUCUGAGCCCCUGUGUUGAUGCUUAUCUCCCCCCAUCAUAGUAGGAUAUAUUGAAAUUGCAUGUUUAUCACCUUUCCAUCUGUAAAGAAUGUUAUAGGAAAAAUGUUAUUGCACAUUUACACACUGUAAAUAUGACCACACUUAUUUUAUGUAGUGAGACUUCCCACUGAAGAAUGAAUAAAUUGAAUAGAAGCA